AUGUCAUCUGAUAAAAGAAUCUUCGCUCGAGAUGUCACCACCAUUGUAAAUCAACCUACUUCGUCCACCACCGACACCACAACAUCUAGCAGUGACAAUAAACUAAAUUCAUCUGUGGUGGUCGCUCUUAUCGUUUUCGCCAUUGCAGUUCUUGCCAUUGGCUUAAUUGUCAUUUUAAUUAUCUAUUUCCGCCGUCGAAAGAAGGAUAUGCAAAGUCGUGGGUUAAAACCGUUUUACCUUAACCCUCGAAUUGAGCCUGAUUCACAUAAGGGAUCGCGUACUCGGAGGAAAUCUCAAGUAAAAAUUCCACAAUAUGAUCAAAAUAUUAUUGUUAUGGAAGAAGAAGGGAAGGAAGAGCCAUUUGAAGAGUCUUACGCUGAGGGUGCUGUGGGAAAGGCGGCAACUACUACACAUUCCGGUCGCUCUUUACCCGUUAGAUCACAAACCAUGUAUGGUACUACGACACCUUCAUCUUCGACUCAUUAUCCUGUAUUACAGCAACAUCAUUUUAUGUCAUCGGACCAUGACGAUAAUAAUCAACAUCAUUAG